AUGAGGCUAUCAGUCCCGCGACAUGCGGCCCGCAGAGCACUCGGAGAACCAUUAUACUCUGGAAAUCAAUUAGCUCGAUCCUCAUAUGCUCCAUCUUUUACCCGACCCGAACUCCUAAGCCCAUCAGCACGGCCAUGCUAUCAACACUCUAUACAAUCCUCCCGGCAUAUCAGCAGCAAUGCUACAGCAUCCAAGCCCGAGGGAACUCAUACAACACCUAAAACCCAACCAAACCCCUCCUCAGAACCCAAUACACAGUCAAGAAUUUCGCCCCCAUCCUCAAUAUCCGAACAUGUCCGCCUCCUCAUGCGCCGAGUCCCUUACCCAGUCGCUAUCAUCACAUCAACAGAUCCAAGCGGUCCCCACGAUACAUCCUCAUUUCGCGGCAUGACAGUCUCCUCAUUCAAUACCGUAACCCUCUCACCACACCCUGUGAUCUCAUUCAAUGUUCGCAGACCAUCCGAAACAUUAAACGCUCUUCUCGCCUCGCGCCGAUUCCUAGUCCAUCUCCUUGCGCCCAGCGCUGCGACUGCCACACUAGCGCGGGAUUUCUCCAAAGGAAAUACUACGCUCGCUGGUAUGCUGAGUGGACAUGGAGACUUUGAGUUUGGAGCAUUAGAUGUUUCUAAGGUUGAUUCAGAAUCGGAUAUAACAUCCGACGAGAACCCUCUCCCGUUGCCUAUUUUGAGGAGAAGGGAAACCUCAAGAAAACCGGAUGCUGAUGCUGAUUUCCCAUUUAUCUUGGAAUGUACACUCCACCCACACAAGAUCGAUGUGCAUGAUCAUUCGAUCAUACUGGGAACUGUUGUACGAGCGAUUGAGGGUCUGGGUGUACCCAGUGUGCAGAGUGGCCAGGAGUCCCCAGAUAGCUUGUCUUUGACAUAUGCUAAUACUAAGUUCUGGAAGAUGGGAAGGGAGAUUUGA